UAUCUAAUCUAAGGUAGACCCCACACCGAUUAGCUUCUCCAAGUUCUCCUCUGCAUAAUGAAAAACCUCACUCCUCCACCACCACCACAAUGGCCUCCUCCUUAACCCAACCACCACCACCUCUUCCCUCUCUCCACCACCCAAUUCCCAAAUCCAACCUCACCCGCCGCUCCCUCCUCCUCACCUCCACUGCCACUCUCUCCUUCCCCUCCCUCUCCUCUUCCGCCUUACCCACACAACCACCAAACCCCACCAUCACCGACCGCGUCUUCAUGGAAUUCAGCCUCUGCCCCAACUACUACCUCCCGAAUCGCACCCUAGGAGAUACCAUUUCCACUCUAUGCUCAGAUUCCACCUCACUCGGCCGCGUCAUCAUUGGCCUCUACGGUAACCUCGUUCCCCGCACUGUCUCCAAUUUCAAAUCCCUCUGCAUUUCCGCUUCCAGUUCUAACCCUAAUUCCUCUUCCUACAAAGACACUAUCAUCCAUAAGGUUUUUCCAGGUCAGUACUUUCUUGGCGGACAUCAGGGUCGUCCUGAAAGAGGCGACGUCCAACCUCCUAGCUAUCUCCCCCGCAACACUGAAACAAUUGACCCCAAGGCAUUUACGCUAACACAUUCUCGGGCCGGCGUUGUUUCGCUGCCACUCUCCGAGAAUGAUGAUGAUGAUGAGAUUAAGCUUGACCCUGAAUACAGGAACGUUGAAUUCUUAAUCACUACUGGACCUGGACCUUGUCCUCAGCUUGAUAACAAGAAUGUUGUCUUUGGAACGGUGCUUGAAGGGUUGGAUGUCAUCACAGCCAUAGCUUCCACUCCCACUUACCAACCAGGUGAACGAAUUCGCCAAUUUAAUGACUUGGCAGAAUUUUUCGGAGACGAAAGGGCACAGAAUGCACGUGCUAUAUGGAACAGGCCUCUUACCACCAUCUAUAUUAGUGACUGUGGAGCACUAGAGGUUGCAAAGCCUUCUCUCACACCUUCUCUCCCAUAAUUUAUUUUGUUGUAUAUAUUAUCCAAGAGAAUUUCAUUUAACUAUUGCAUGUAAAAUCAUACUCAAAUUCUUUCAAAGAAAAGUGAACAGAAUGAAUGACUUGAAACCUGAAAGGCAUUGAAGUUAAAUAUUGGGACAAAA